CUUGAAAUACUUCAAAUAGCAUUAUUUACAUCGUAAAUAGAUGUGUUUUAAGAUAUUCUGUGUUAAGAAUUUUAUUAAACUUUAUUGCGUAUAAAAGAAAAAUUAAUGCAUUAAAAAAAAGAAUACAGUGUUUGCGUGUAAUAGUGUCCAUAUUUAAAAAAAAAUUAUAAUUUUUAAAAGAUCAUGUUGCAAGCUGUCUUAAAAAAUAAAAAAGAUGUACUCAUGAAUUUUUGUGCACCUUGUUUACAACCAACUGUUACAUGUGAUACUAUUAGUACAGAAGGAUAUGAUGUGACUAAUCUUAUACAAGAUCCUUGUAAUGGUUUCUUAGCUUAUUCUUGUAUAAAACCACCAGUACAAAUUGACUUUACGUUCCUUUGCAAUAUACAGAUUCAUCAUAUUUGUAUUUGGCCAUCCGUUGGUUCACAGAAAUCUUCUGGUUUUCAAAUUUAUGCAAAGACAGUUAAUAAUAAUGCCAUGUCAUAUACUUUAUUAUCAAGUGGAUGUUUAAGUGAAAACAAUACUGGAGUAUUAUUUUAUGCAGCAAAUGUAAAUCCAGCUAAUAUUGCAAUAGCGCCAAACUUUUUGCAACGUUAUAUUAAAGGAUCAGCUCGCAAUAUAAUAUCUCAAACUAAAAGCUUACGAAUAUGUAUAUUUAAAACACAAAAUUCAGUACCAGCGCUAGGUAAAAUUGAAGUAUGGGGAUCGGUGUCAUCAAAAUCUAGCAAAGAUAUUAUAGCAAGUAUAGAUGCUUUAUGGUCAGCUUCUCAAACAUCUGUGCCUUGUUUGCCCGCAAUAAAUCAUCAAUCUAAUAUUUCCACUAUUAAUGUCAAGAAUGCUGAUGUAGAGAACAAUACAAACAAUGCAAAAAUUGCACUGGAAAUACCAGAUAGUUUUUUAGAUGCAAUUACGUGUGAAAUCAUGACUCAACCCAUUCUGUUGCCCAGUGGUAAAACUAUCGAUCAAACGACAUUAGAGAAACAUGAAGAAAGUGAAGCUUUGUGGGGUAGAUCUAUAUCGGAUCCAUUUACUGGACUUCCGUUUAAUGAAAAUCGUAAACCUAUAAUGGCAACUACAUUAAAAAUAAGAAUAGAUAAAUUUCUUCUUGAAAAUUCAACUAAAGAUGAAAUUAAAAGAUUACCGCGAGUACUGGGUAAUAAAUCAAUAAAUCAUAACAACCCAUAUCAACAUCUCAUAGCAUGUCAAAAUAAUAGAAAUUCAAAAGAAUCUACAUCACUGAUCAAGGAUUCAACCAAAAAAAAUACUAACGAUUCACAAGUGAAAAUUCCCUUGGUAUUAAAUAAUACAGUUCAAAGAAAAAGUCAACGUCAUAAAUUACCUAUGACUCCAAUUCAUUUGAAGACUGUUCCUUAUGUCAAAAAAUUAAAGACAUCCAACUUGGAUUCUUCCAUAAACUGUGAUAAUGAUAUAGAAAAAAGUAAUGAUAAACAAAUUCAUCAGCAUAAUGUAGAUAGUGAUAUUGAUGCUGAUAUUCAAGUUGCAUUGUCAUCUCUUAAACGUUUUAGUACACCAAAAAAUCUUAAACUUUAUAUUUCAACUGUAAAUAAUUGUAAUUGUUGUACAAAUAGUAUACUUUAUAAAUUACCAUGUAAUCAUGUAGUAUGUAGAAGAAUACUAACAACAGCUGAAAAGAAUCAAUGUCAAUUAUGUGGUUUAAUUUAUACAAGAAAUGCUGUAGAACGUAUACAUGAUUAAGCAAAAGUAAGUAAAGCAUAGUAAAAUUAAAGCAGUUUAUAUAACUUAUUAUUUUGUUCUAAAUGAAACUAAUGCAGUUUCUUAUGUUCCUUAAUUAAAUAAACAUAUAAAUACAAUUUAACAAUUUAUAUAAGUAUUAAUUAUUAAAAACAUUAAAAAAUAUUAUAUGAUGCUUACA